GGCGGUGACACUGAUGAAAGUGUGCGCAACAAGGUUAUGAUUUUGACGUUCAUACAGAGUAGUAAACAAAGGAACAGUCAGGGAGAAAUUAAAAGGAAAACAGUUAUUCUGAUUUGACUAUGUACAUAAUAGAUAUAUUCGGUUUUGGUUUGUUAGCUUGUCGAUUAGUCGUCUAAUGUACCGCUCCUGCACAUGUACAUUAUUUGCAUUAAUAGCAAACACCUUUGUACUUAAAAACAAAAACACUGAUGCAGAGCGUUUAGUUAUUAAUGCUGAUUAAAGUGAGAGUGUUUGCUGGUCUAUUGAUAGUUCAGUAAACACUGUCAUUUCUAAGGAUUCCUGUGUUCAACAUAUGUCAGAUAUUGGUUAUUUUAUUAGUGAAUUUAAAUAAUGACGUCCUCAAUGAUAGUCCCAGUAAUAGAUGUGCAAGGCAACAAUUUUAAGGAGUUGUGGGGAGCAAUGGUGUUAGCCAUUAAAACAUCUUCAUUCAUUGCCCUUGACACGGAACUGAGUGGUCUUGGACCAAGAAAAGCUCUUCUAGCAGAAUCCAUUGAAGACAGAUACAAAACCAUAUGCCAUGCAGCUCGCACACGCUCAAUACUUUCAUUGGGGAUUGCUUGUUAUAAAGAACUUGACAACAAAGCAGACAACACAUACCUGGUCCAGGUUUACAAUCUAACCCUGCUUUGCUCAGAGGAAUACAUAAUUGAACCCCAAUCAGUGAAGUUCCUUGUGCAGCAUGGGUUUGACUUCAAUAAACAAUAUGCUCAAGGCAUUCCCUAUUACAAGGGUAAUGAUAAAGGAGGUGAUGCACAUGGGGUAAACAUGCGAUCCUUGUUUGUUGAACUGCUUAGGGUAAACAAGCCCUUGCUGGUCCAUAAUGGUUUGAUAGACAUGGUCUUCUUGUACCAGUGCUUCUAUGCCCAUUUACCUGAGCGCCUGGGCACCUUCACUGCAGAUCUAUCCCAAAUGUUUCCCUCAGGCAUCUAUGACACCAAGUAUGCAACUGAGUAUGAGCUGCGGUUUGCAGCUUCAUACCUGGAAUAUGCCUAUAAGAAGUGUAAGCUGGAAAAUUCCAGAGCUAUUGAAAGUGGUGGAAAUGGGACUCAUGUGUUCCUGGAGUUUUGUAAAUAUACUGGGAACAUGCAGAGCUAUAUAGACUACAGGCCUUGCUUGGACAGCCAGAGUCAGGAUGGUGCACACAGCGUCUGUAUUCAGUUCUCUGCUUAUGGAUGGUGUCCUAAUGGCUCUCAGUGCCCUAUGUCACAUGACACAGACCUUAUAAUCCAACAUGAUGAAAAUGCCAGAGAAGACAAGAGGAAAAAGAGGAAGCGCAAGAAUAAAAAGAAAGAUUCUCAAGGACAAGCAGAUGUACCCCCUGAAACAUGUGAGUCCCCACAAGGCAAAAGGAUGCACUUGGAAGGCAUGGAGGCAGAGGUGGACCAGCAGGACCAGGCAAGAUCUCAACCCACACUGCCAGAAAAUCAAGAGAAGACAGUAGGUCCUGAACCAACAGAUGGCGGGCAUGCGUUUGAGCCUGGGAAAACAGCCAGCAAGAAUGGAAAUGAUGCAUCUCAGCCACAAACAUCUUCUGAAGCUCCUGAUAGACCAAAGGAGAAGAAAGUCGAAGGAGGAACCCACAGAGCAGGCUUUGACGCUUUCAUGACAGGUUAUAUUUUUGCUUUUGCCAAAACUCGUGCAGCAAAGGCAGAGGAAUCCACCACUGCUCCCCUAAUCCCUGGAUGUCUCAAUAAGCUGUUCCUCAGUGGCAAGUCUGUUCCUCUACAUGUAGCCAAAAGCACCUUCUCCAAGUCUUCAAAGGCUCAUAUGCACAAGAUGGACUAUGUCUGGGGGAAAAGCACUGCUGUCAAAACUGAAUGAAGUGUAUAAAAAACAAAAAAACAAAAACAAAAAAAAAAAACUUUAUUUUUAGGUUUCUAUUCAGUGUAAAAUUUUGACAAUAAAGACUAGUACAGCAGUAGUUCUCAGGAUCCAGAUUUUACAUUGGAUAUUAAAUGACCCAACACAGAAUGGAAAAUUUAGCAUACAAAAGUAACAAAAUGUCCUUAAAAUCAAAAAUUGGAAAUAAUAUUACUUACAGAAACAUUUGACUAUUAAAGCGCUUUCAAUAAACUUAAAUCUUGUUUUAUAA